UAUACUUGCUCUUAUGUGUGCUGUACCGUCUCAGACAUUGGACGAAAGGCUUAAUUUAAAAAAAAAAACUCACGAAAAAGUUUCAUUAGAAAUUUCGAACCUCAAUAAUACCUAUUUGGUGAAUUUAAAAAAAGCGCCGGAAUUCAUUUUUAAAACAAUUCGAAAUUUAAAUUUAUAAUAUCGUGUGAUUUAAAAUAUGUGAUCAGUGAUUAAUCUGCGUUUAGUGUUAAAAAAAAAAAAAAAUUGUGUGCAUUUUUCAUCACGUUGUGCGGUUUUAAAUUAUCUAACAUGACUUUUAAAUUUUAUUGAGGCUUUUGUAUGAAAUUAACAUUUUUAUCUCGUUCGUUAUAAUUUAUAGCAACUAAAAGGAUAGAUUUAUCCGAUUGGCUUGCCUAUCAGAAUGUCUGAGCUGUAACGGAAUUUAUCGAAAAUCACACAACUUGUGAAUCUAAAACUAACUAACAAUUUGGAUGAAAAUGUAAAAAAUACCUGAAAUACUGCGCUAAAUAUUUAAGUGGGUUGUGCGUAUAGUGACCCCCAGGGUUGGAAUAGCCCACUGAGUUUCUCGCCGGAUCUUCUCAGUGGGUCGCGUUUCCGAACCGGUGGUAGAUUCUGCGGAGCACACCUCUUGCUAGGGUUCAUGUUAGCAACGUCGUCAGGUUUGAGCCCCGUGAGCUCAUCUACUAGUUAAGGUUACGCUGAAAUAGCCUCUCAAGUCUAUCAGGAGGAAAAAAGCAUGAUGAAAAGAAUAAUGACCGAGAAAAGGAACAAAGGAAUGAAACGCAAUCAUCAUUAGUUGAUCCUUAACAAUGUAAUGGCAAGUAGGACUGUGAGGAAAGUAAAAAGAAAUAAAAAGGACGCGAACAACUCUGAAGACAGAGCCUCGAAUACAGCGAGCACUAAUCCAGACAAAAAAAUGAAACUUAAAACAAAGACAACAAUUAGUAACAAGAGUACAAUGAAUAAAAUGGAUAAACCGAUAGCAGCCGAUCAUGCUUCAGAAUUCAAUGUCACUAAACUCAUAGCAGAGCUAUCGCAAAAUUCGCGAGCGUCGAAAGGAGAAAUAGAGAACAUACAAAGGAAAUUACUUCAGCAGGCAAACGAGAUACUGAAAGUAAACGCGUUUGCUAAUUCUCAACCAGUUCCGGAGAUCCGUGUCAUGGAUAACACGCAAAAGUGCAACGCCAACAAUCAUGUUUACGGGCGAAUACCUAUUGUCACGCCCAGAAACAAAAUUAAUCCCGGAUCUAAUCACUUAGUUCAUAAUGUUGGGCGUCUAAUGAAUACGUCAGAUAGUCGCCAGGACAAUCAACUCGAGACGCAACUAGUUCCCGAGAAGUUGCAAGAAAUUCCCGCGCUCUCCUCGGCCAGCGUCGGUGGAAUGAUAAAUAGUGACCAUGGAAGCAUGCAAAGGGUCGCUAUGACGGCGGCGGAGGCGGGAAGAGCUUUUUUCUACAAAACGGGUUCCGCCGAGGCCCGCCAGCCGGCCAGUGCGCGCGCCGCUCCAACAAGAGGCACACUCGACAGUGUCCCACCGUAUAGGAUGCCCCCAGCACCGGAGGCGGCGCUGCCUGGAGUCCCAGCGCCUCCCGGACCUGCCGCCCUGCACACACACUCCGCAAAAUUUCCUAUAGAACGAGAAGUGAUCUUAUCUUCAGGAGAAAAGAAUUCCAAAGUGCCAAUACUUCAAGAGGCUCGAAAACGCGGCAGACUCGGCGCCGUGGCUCCCGACACCCCACCAAAAACACUCUCAGCCUGGACUCACUCGGAGAACCAAGCCGGCACAUCGGCCGACUACAGACAAUACCACGAGAACUACAAUUACAACAUGCAGCAGAAUCAGAGUGGUACUAGAAAUGGCAACUACGAUUCUCCCAAACCACCAGUGCCCGCCAAAACAUACGGCACCAAAAUUGACGCCACGAAUAAUUCACAACAGAUUACGGUUACCGUAGAGACAGGCAAAGAUAGCACAAGAGACGCACCGAGAAGUAACAAAUCCGUUAGUAAAACGUAUCAUACACUAAAAGACAUGAUUUCUAGUAGAUUUAAAAGUAAGGACGGGAGUGAAGAUAAAGCAGAAGAAUCCAAUUUAAACAACAGUGAAGAGAGAAAACGGCCUGAGCCUGAACCGAUAACGCCGAGAGAUACUGGUCCCAGGAAAGUGGAGCAAGGUAUAUACGGACGACCAGUUCCGCAAAACAGGCCGGAGGUGCAAUACAGUCAUGGAGUGGCUAAUAAUAUGGCGUAUCCAAGUCCAUCGCCGCAUAGGCAACUAAUGCAACAGCAAAUCGUCCAACAAAAGAUGCUACUGAACCACCAAGCCAGAUCGCAGGAGAUGUUGGCGUCGCCCCAUCGACCCCAACCUCAGGCGCUUGGUUCCGACGCCCUAUACCAGCAGUACGGACCUCCGGGACGAAGAAGCGCGGUGUACCAACGGGACAUGGACGUGAGGUCUAUGGCCAAUUUCACAUCCUUGAAAACUAGUCCACAAACACAGUUCGAAUCGCAUUCAAGACCAGAUCUUCGAAGUCCACAGCAAUUAGAACGAGAGAUCAUCCGGCAACGAGGAUUAGUCGAAGGCAGACGGGCAGCAUCACAUCCUCAUCUACUAGAUGAACCGCAAUCAAGACCUGAAGCAUCCACUCCAUACAGUCAUGACAGAUCCAGGCGGAACUCUCACGCUAACCUUCUAGAAGCAACUGAAGAAAACCUUCACAGAAACGAUGAAAGAGAAUCGGAUGAUGGAGGGUUCAGAGCUAGAUUAGCUGCACAAGGGAGGUCAAGUUUCGAAGAUAGAAUCAGGACGAGUGGUAGAUCUAUAGAAUCUCAGCGAAUACACGAAAAUGUAUACAGAAGAACGCCUGACAGCCAUAAUCGUAGGACGCCGGAUUCAGUGGGACCAAAACGCGAAGAUACUUUAACGACGGGACAGGCGGCAAACGAUGAGAAUGCAAGCCAAAAGUCCGCAGACAGCGUUUACCAUUCUAGUGGGAAAACUGAAGCAUACAAUCCGCAGCCCUCCUCGUCACGGCAAACCCCGAAUAGAAUAGAAGAUUUGAAAGCUACCGGGAAGAAAGGGGCAGGAUCUGGUGCCAGUUCAGACUACGACAAGAACGGCGGUCAGUCGUCGAAUGUGGACUCCGGGCGAGGUAGCGUAGCCUACUCCAGCGGGAGACGACCAGAAGCCAGUAUACAUGACACCUCGGCUGAUUCCGAUGCGGUCGGAUCGAGAGUUCAGCCCCAACCUGGACCAAGCCAGGAAACCGCUGCACAAAGCGUAGAAAACGAAUGGGCCGAUUUAGUGGAAUGCGAGCUCCGUCAGAUCUUAGAACCGAAACUAUCCAGCAUGAGGCUUGACUCGUCAGGAAGCUCGGAUAGUUCAGUGACCCCGCCCCUCCCACCGUUAUCACCUUCUUCAGACAUGCACAAGAGAAAUAGUCUACCAGGUCGUUCCUCAGAGUACCCUGAUGAGAGGAGACGAGGUAGAGAAUCGCCACGGUGGCAUUCACACAAGAAGCAUUCUUCGAAACGCGAUCAUCAUUAUAAAAAACAUUUGGUGGACACGACGGACAUGACGUCGACGACGACGCGCAGCCUGGACCUGUCGUCGCUGCUGGACGCGCGCUCGGACACGGACGCGAGCGCGGGGGACGCGCGCGCCAUCCGCCGCCAGCUGCGCGGCCUCGAGAACAUGUACGCGGAGGUGCUGCAGCUGCUCGGCGUGCGGAAGCCCAUCUCCGCGCACAAGCACUCCUGGGAGGCCAGGUUGUCGUCGAAGCGUCGCUAUGGCAGCAUGUCCUCGCUCCCCUCCAGCUCAGUGAGCAGUCGCCCCGUCAGGGACAAGAGACGGAGCUCCAAUGAGCACAGGAAGAAACAGGACUACAAGGGUAUAAACAAGCGGUUCCAGCGGCUGGAGUCGCACGUGGUGACGCUGGCGCGCUCCGUCGCGCACCUGUCCAGCGAAAUGAGAACCCAGCACCUCGUCAUGCAGGAGAUGGACACCAUCCGCGCAGAGAUCGCGGCCCUCAGGCAUAUGUACAAGUCCCAGCAACACAUCCGUUCAGGUCACCAGCGGCAUUCGGAUCCGUAUUCAUUCAGUAACCCGGACAGGGUGAAGCGGCUCACCAAGUUCUUCGGAGAUGAACCGCCACUAAUGAGAUUGUUUCUGAAGAAACUCGGCUAUGAGAAGUACGCAGCGUUACUUGAGAAGGAGAAGGUGGGUGCUGCGGAGCUCCCAUACGUCGGCGAGGACAGGCUGCGGGCGCUGGGCGUGCCGCUAGGACCCAGGAUGAGGAUCCUCAAAGAAGCCGGCAUACAUCAGGAACUACACCACUUAUCCAGAGACGACCCCCACAACACCACCACGACCCUGGCUAUUGUAUAAAUAUGUCAACAAAUAAAAAAAACUAUUUCAUUACCUCAUUUAAACUUAUUCGUUGAAGAGACGACAUAUUAAUAAAUUUAUUUCGUUCAAAAUAGACGUAAGCGACAAGUUAUUUGUCGUACGCCGAAAUUGAACUCUAAAUGCGUACAGAAGAAAACCACCGCUCUCGCUUUUGGCCUCCCGCUGCGUCUGUAAAGUCAUCGCAGACAUUUUAGGUCCUACCAAAACUUUGAAAAAAAAAAAAGAAAUUUUUGAAAAUAGAAUCGCAAAUUCCACGACGAUUCGAUUUUCGUGAUUAUUCUGAAUUUUAGUGAAUUCUCUGAAACAAACUCACGUCGUCAUUCUAAAUUGGAAAAUGAUUCCUUUUUAUGGUGUUUUUUUUCCAUUACAAAAGAAUUAACACCAAGCUUUUCUUAAUGUGUACAAUAUUUUUUUUACGAGUAACGCCGUGCAGGAAUAUGAAUAUAAAACUGUUAAUAAUGAUGAAUAAAAAAGAAUUGGCCUUUUCCGUCCGUGGCGGUGAAGAACAUUCGAGAGUGGAUUGAAUAAAUGUUAAUUAUUUAAUGUUACGAUUCGAAAUGUUAUUUAGCGCUGUUUCCAUUACCAAUGAAAUUUAUCAUCGCAUUGUCGACGGUGCGUCAUUUCAUAUUAUUUGUUACAAAGCUAAAGCAGACAAUGAUAAAGAAAACAGAAUGACGCAAUGUAUAACAAACACCUUUAAUCUUUGCUGAUUCUGUGGUUAUCGUAAACAAUUGAGCAAGUUUUGUUGAAAAAGACAAUUUUAAAAGACUUGAUUUUUGUAUGUGUUUUAGUGUAGAAAUUUGACGUAGUACAGUGUUCGAUUUUAAAUAUUGUGUUAAUAAUACAUUAAUUUUAUCUAUUAUAAUGUAACAUGAGUUGUAAAAUAUAGAAGGGAAAAAUUGCAUUGAUACAGUUUGGGUGCUGCAAAAUUGGUCAUUAUUUCUUAGUGCCCUAAGUUCAAUGUUCGUGUAAUGCUGAAAGAGAUAUAUGUUACUACAGAUCGCACUUACGAGUGCUCACGAAGGGCAACUUAUUAAAAAGGUAUUAUUGUUUGUGAUACGGAGUAUUCUGAGCCCGUAUUGGUACAUUAGCUCCGCCUAUUUCUGCCGCAAACAAAAAUAAUGCCGUUCAAAUUCCAAUGCUAUUAAGAUAUCCCACAUCACAAGAUGGUCGCGGAUAGAUCGUUAUGAUCUUAGUGUAAGUAAACAUUAUAAUGAUAAUCGAUAUGCCAAAGACAUUAUUCGGCAUCUGUAAAUAUAAUUAUAACUAACUAAUACUCAUAAAUGAUCACGAAUCGACGGAACAACGAGAUUUAAGCAACGUAUAAGUUUUGAGAUUAUUUUUGUAUUACAAAAUAAUUAAGUGUAAAUAAAUUUUUAUUUGAACA